UCCGUCUCGAUCACUCUCUCCUCCCUUCCGCCGCGAUGGGGAGCUCGCCGGCGGCGAGGAUGGCGGCGGUGGAGGAGGAGGAGCUGACGAGGAUUCACCAGGAGAUGCUGCGGAGGCCGACCGCCGGGGAGGUGGAGGCGGCGGCGGUGCUGGCAUCGGCGGAGGCCGAGGACGCCGCCGGCGCUCGGGUGGAGGACGCGGCGCCGCCGGGGGAGGAUGUUUCCGGGGAGCUCGUAGACGUGCUGCUGGAUGCGCGGGAGAACGCCGUCCCGUCGAUCGGUUUGCUUGAGCGGGCGUCGCGGUUGGUUGCGCCGUUGUGUGAGCAUCCGGCUGCUGCUGCUGCUGCUGCUGCGGCGGCGGCGGCGGCGGAGUCGGCGGAGGAUAGGGUCGACUCUCCUGAGGGGCCGACGACGCCGGAAGAACGGGCAGAGGCCGUGAAGAGCCAGAGGACACCUUGCCGCUUCGCCGGUGGCCUCGACGACGAGAUGGUCCUGUGCGAGAUCCUCGUGCGCCUGCCGGCGAGGUCCCUCCUCCGCUGCCGCGCCGUGUGCAGGUCGUGGCGCCGCCUCACCUCCGACCCUUCCUUCCUCCUCGACCACCACCGCCGCCAGCCGGAGCUCCCGCUCAUCUACUUCCGCCGCGGCAACAGCGACUGCGUCGACGCCAUCGACCUCCAGGCCGCCCAGCUCCGCCCCAUCGUCCACGACACCUCUCCGUUCGGCUACAGCGUCGUCGCCUCCUGCUCCGGCCUCCUGCUCCUCUCCUCCCCCGGCCACUUCUACAUCUUCAAUCCGGCAACCAAUCAGUGGACCACCAUCCCGCAGCUCAUCGGAGCCGAUUUCUUGGGGCUUUACCAGCACAGCCCGUCGGGCGAGCACAGGCUGCUGUACGGUGAAUUCCAUGGAGAAGAAGACUGCGUCUACAACAUCCUCACAUUGGGCUCCGAUGAGCCAAGGCGCAUCACAAUGACCAUGGGAUCAGAUUCAGAGCCUGUGGAGCAGCCACUGGCAAGGGAAUUCCUGAUGCACGCCCGUGGCGAUCGGUCGGUGCUGGUGCGCGGCAGCCUGCACUGGUAUCUGAGGCACAGAGAUGAAGGCUGCAAGAUAAUGGUGUUUGAUACAGAGAGUGAAUCGUUCCGGUGGAUGCGCCACCCCGACACUCCCGGUUGGAUGCUCUUCUUGGAGAUGGACAACACCCUCGUCUUCUCCGCAGUCGAAAGCAUGUCAAGGUUGAGCAUCUGGGUGCUGCAGGACCAUGAGAGGGGCAUUUGGGCAUGCAAGCACAGCAUCGAGUUGCCGGUGGCGCAGAUUAGGCAGUUUCCAGGGUGUAAUGUUGAGCACACUGGCUGUUUCGCGACGGUUGUUUCCGUGGAGGGGGAUGUGCUGGUCAGAUGUUCGAAUUGGAUUUUUCACUGUGAUAGGAAGGGCAAUUUGUUGGCAACUUUCCAGUUUGAUGGGCAGCUGCCAAUGAAUUGCUUGCAUAGGCUCAAAGAAAGUCUUGCCCUUCAUCCGCUCUUCCAGAUGCAACAUAACAAUGGUGUGUGCUUGCCACCUUUAUUGUGAGGGUGGCAGAGUGAUAGCAUUGGUACUUCUACAUAAUUUUUGAGGUGGCUUGCCAAAUGCUGUCAUGGUGCUGCUUCUGAUGGUAUUUGCUGCCCUUUGGAUAUUUUGUCUGAUACUAGGUUUGUCUAUAUACAGCUCCCAAUACAUAAUUUGCCCUGGACUUUAGAAUAAAAAUGAGUUUGUUGUGUACCUGUGGUGAUCUGCCUAUAUAAUGAGCUAUAUGACAUGGUGCUAUUUUCCAUAUUUGCUCUACUGUCGGUCUGUCUACUUUGUAUCGUCUUAUUUUGGUGAUCUUAAUGAACUCCAAAAAUAAGUGUGCUUGCA